AUGGGUGCGCUAUGCCGCGCUGCCAGCAGCCGCGCCAGCCGCGGGCACCCCCACGCAGGUGCGAGCGGCCCGGCGGCAGCGGCUCCGCCGCGGUGUUGGACGCUGCUGCUGCUGUGCCUGCCCGUGGUGUUGGGCGCGACGGAGUACGACCCCGACCUACGUAUUGAGACGGCAUGGCUGUACGGCAACAUGAACAAGUACGCCUACUACUUCACCGACCUGCUGAUAGGCUCCAAGCCCCCGCAGCGCGCGUCCGUGAUCGUGGACACCGGCAGCCGCCUCGUCGGCUUCCCGUGCAGAGGCUGCAUGCACUGUGGGGACCACCUGGACCCGGCCUACGACGUGUCCAGGUCAGAGACCGCCAGGUGGCUCAACUGCAGCUCCAGCUGCAAGGGCACCUGCUUCAAGGCCCACUGCCCGUACACGGAGACGUACUCGGAGGGCAGCACGAUCUCGGGGUUCUGGUUCGACGACUUCGUCGAGUUGGGCGACUCGUUACAGAAGAACCCGCCCGUGCGCGCACAGCUGGGCUGCCACACCAAUGAGAACAAGCUCUUCUACUCGCAGCGGGCCAACGGGAUCAUGGGCUUGGCGCCCUCCGUGGCAGGUGAUCAUGGAGCUCUGAAUGGACACGAGUCGGAAGUGAAAAGCGAGCGCCUCGCUCGACACGUUCCUACAAUCCAGCCACGAGCAGGCUCCUCCGGGGGCCGCCCGACCAUCCUGCAGCAGCUCUUCCAGGAC